CCCGCACGCUCCAGUCCGCGCUGAGGAUGGACAGAGACCUGUUGCGGCAGUGUCUCGUGUUCCACGGCGAGUCCCUGUUCAACAAGCUGAAGUGCGAGCAGACGGAGAACCCGGACUUCCAGGCGGUGGCGCCCGACCUGUGCAAAGUCACGAGUGAAAGCAGGGGAGAGGAGCAGGGCAACCCCCUUGUGGAGCAGUUCAUUGCCAGAAAGGCUGACAUCCUGUUCUGUCCGUCAUGGAAGACCACCACUCCUCAGGAAGAGGAGCACGAGGAGCAGGAGGAGGAGGCUACAGAGCCCUAUGCCAUCAUGCCACCACUGGAGUUAUUCAUGGAGGUGUCGUACGAGGAGAGAAGAUCCACGCUGUACAGAGACUUGGAAAAGGGAGACAUCGUGGUGGGCAGGAUCAACAACAUAAGAGAUUACGGCUUCUUUCUCACUCUGCUGUGCAUGGCAGGAGGACUGAAGAGAGACAUAGAAGACCUGGAGUUGUCGGCUCUGUGUCACAUCAGAGAAAUUCCCUCCACCGGCAACCACGAUGAUCCUCUGUCCUACUACCAGAUCGGUGACUUCAUCAGAGCUGGAGUGAAGGACAUUGACCGCUACCAGGAGAAAGUCACCGUCUCCCUCCAGCAGGCGUCUCUGUUGCCCAGCUUGGGGCACGUCAAGCUGGGGGUCAUCACCCGAGAGGAGCUGCCCGUACACUACAGUCGCAGCCUCCGUGCAGCCAGUGACUCCAGUGAGACGUAUGAGUUUAUUCUGAGGCGCUGCCAUGGGUACCACAACCCCUCUGUAGUGGAAUACCUGCUGGACAAGGUUCGAAUCAGCGACACCCACCCGCCAUCAAUGAUGAGGGGACUACAGAGUAAACUUUUCCAGGCAGAAGAUUUUGCCACUGCCAUCAGGAAGAAACAGUCUGCAUCCUGGGCCUUGAAGUGUGUACGUGCAGGUGUGGACCUCUUCAAACAUGGCCGUCAUGUGGAAUCUAUGAAUGAAUAUAACAAAGCCUUGGAGAUCGACACUAACAAUGUAGAAGCACUGGUGGCACGGGGAGCUCUGUACGCUAAUAAAGGCGGCAUCAUGAAGGCGAUAACAGAUUUCGAGAAGGCUCUGGAAAACUGUCCAGAUCACCGCAACGCGAGGAAGUACCUCUGCCAGACGCUGGUGGAGAGAGGGAAACAGCUUGAAGAACAAGAGAAACUAGUGACAGCGGAGGGAUUGUACAGGAGAGCGUUGUCUCUGGAUGACUCGAACCCUGAGGCACAACAGGCCCUGCACAAGAUCACAGACGCGAUACAGAAAUCGAUUCGCCUUCAAGAAGAAGCUCUGGCUAAGGAGCAGGUGAAAGAUAAGAGCGGCAAGACGAGCGCUGAGAAAUUGCGUAAGAUCUUAAAAGAAGAGAAGAGAAUGAAGAAAAAGCGGAAGAGGUCAUCAUCUUCCUUGUCAGCGUCCUCAGCUUCCUCCAGGAACUCCUCUGCUUCCUCAUCUUCCUCCUCCUCCCGUAGGAGGUCCAAAAAGAAGAAAAAGAAGCAUAGGAGGUCUGAGCGUGGAAGUAAACGCCACCGUAGGAUCUCCUCAAGGGGGAGCAGGGGGAGUGAGGAGGGUAAGAGUGAGAGAAAUGGGGGGAAGGAUGAGGAUGAGGUGGAGUGGUUUCCCGCACCUCCAAACACCUCCGCCACCUUUCUCAACAAGAAGGGAGGCCCGGGGUUUGGAGAGGGGGAUGAGGAGGAGGAGGAGGUAGAGGAGAAGCUCGGUGAAGAAAGACGGAUCUCUCAGCUUUAUUCUUUGUCGGCAGCCUCAGAUAACGAAGAGUCAGACUCCUCACGUAGAGAAACCAAGAGAAGGGACAGCAAGGAGAGCAGGACGGGGAGAAGGAAGAGUAGAAGCCCAGAAAGAAAGGAUAGACGGAGCAGAAGUAGUGAAAAGAGGGAUAAACACAGGGAAAGAGAGAAGGAGGAUAAAGGGAGAAACAGUGACUCCAAGAGGAGGAGUAGCUUGGAUGAGAGCAGGAAGCGGAAAGUAUCGUGCUCAUCAGUGGACUCGGAGUAUUCACGGAAAUCUAGUUUCUCUGGUUCUGCUUCCAAACUCCUGGAGAACAAGUCAAAGAGGAACUCCAUCGAUGGCAGUAGGUAUGACAACAGAGGGAGGGAGGACACGAGCGAGGUAGAAGAAGUGAAAAGAGAGAAGGGGGGGGCGGAGGGAGGAUUGGGUAAAAGUGCUGGAAAUCAGAAAGAACAGAGAGGAGUGUCCGGGGAGAGCUCGAAGAAAGCCCUUCCCUCUAACCUCCUCGAUAUCUUCAGCCAGAUCGCAAAGUUCCAGAAGGAUAAAGGAGUCGGGCCCAAAAAAUAAGUUCAAAACAAAAGCCCAGAAACAAGUGUUAAAAAAAAGAAAUGGAUGUUUGUGCCAUUAAUUCAACUGAGAAACUGUCGAUGUGGCAAAAAGAGGGAUUUUGAUUUGAAAAGUUUUCUUUCUGGGGGAUUUAAGGCCUGUAGUGAGCUGUAAUUUUUGCUGGAUAAUAAUUGUCAUAAAACAUGUUCAUCUGAAAAGAUAAAUAAUUAAUAAAUAAUUUAAAAAAUUUGAAAACCUCAUAUUACUAUUGUGAACGCUGGUCAUUAGUGAAAAUUCAUUCAUUUCUAUUUCAGAUAUCAUAUUUAAAGAUAAAGUGACCAAAUAUGAUUUAAGUAUCAAAGAGUAUUUAGUCAAUAUCAUACAUGAGCUGUGGUAAUUUCCCACUUUACAAGCUACUGCAUUAGUUGUCCUGUAUGUGUCACAUCAGCUGCUACAGGCUUUAACAUGUGUUGUUCUUUGUUUAUCUCAAAUUGAGACUUUUCUCUUAAAGGUUAUAUAUAUAUAUAUAUACUGUGUAUGACAUUUACUGCCACUAGAUGUCGCUCUCUCACCAGCACUCAUGUUCUCAGUUGACCAAAAACUGAGAACAGUUCAAAGCCAAACUUGGUAAAAAAGUAACUAACACAAACUUACCUAAAACUACAGAAACCAUCUUUGAGCUAAAUUAGUUUUGAUCAGAUCCCAACACUCGGUGGGAGGGUCACCUAGUUUUCACGGUCAUCAUUUCUCCAUGUUUUUAAAUGGAGAAUAAUUCUUGUCUGUGAUAUUAAUGAUCAUAACCUCAGAUAUAAAUAACCUUUAAGAAGAUCCUGCCUUUUGUCCGUUUCUGUGUUCUUUCUGUGGCUUGUUAAAUAUCUUCCCAGACAACUUGACUGUUAGUUCCACUGUUCUUUUUUCAGCUUAACACAAUACAGAUGUGUGCCAACACGUUUUCUCUUGUUGUGAAAUGAACUCGAUGAAUAAACCGUUUACAAUGUCAACACUA